AUGGCGUCCACGACGGCAGCUACAGACGCGAAGCCGGCACCGGCCGCUGGCGGUCCGCAGCUGAAGCUGCUGGUGGACCGGCGUUCGAGGCGCGUGCUGUACGCGGAGGCCCGCAAGGACGCGGUGGACUUCCUGAUCGGCCUGCUGCGCGUGCCCGCGGGCCUCGCGGCGCGCGAGCUGGCCAAGCACGGCGAGCCCGCGCCGGGCUCCCUGGGCUCGCUCUACGCGGGCGCGCUGGCGCUGGACGACGAGUUCUUCGCCUCCGGCAGCUCGCCCAACCGCGACGCGCUGCUCAGCCCCGCGGCGCUGCCCUCCGCCGCGCUCCCGCUGCUGCUCGGCGGCGCCGAGGGCGCGGUCUCGUCGCCGCUGGCGCCUCCUCCCACGCCGCAGCGGUACUUCCGGUGCAGCGCGUACAUGAACCCGUGCCGCGGGAACCCGACGAACGUGACGGACGUGUCGGGCCUGCCGUGCCCCGCGUGCCGGCAGCCGAUGACCGUGGAGAUGCGGCUGGCGCCCGGGGACGCGCAAGGCAAGCUGGCGCUUGCGCAGGCGCAGGAGGCCGCGGGGCUCGGCGCCGGCGGGUACGUGAGGGAGGUGGUGACAUACCUGGUGAUGGAUGACCUUACCGUGGGGCCCAUGUCCACCAUCUCCGCCAUCAUGCUGCUCAAGAAGUUCGACGUCAAGGACUGCUCCGCGUUGGAGGAGAUGACCGUUGAGCUCGGCACAAAAGAGGCCGUGAUGCUCCUCAAGGCGUCGCUGCAGUCGUCGACGGCGCUGACGGAUGUCUUUAGCGGUGGCGUCUCCAUUGACAGGAUUGGCGGUUAA